AUGACGAUGGACUUUCUUCCCAGUCUCGUCGAUCGGGCUCUGGCUACUGCCCACAUGGACGCCGUGGAUGUCCUUCGAGCCUUCUUCCUCUUUGCAUCGUGUACGAUCCUGUCGGUCAGCCUGUUGGAUUCCCUUCGUUCGCGCUUCGUCCCUUAUGGCGCUCGUGCAACCGUGACGGUCGAGUCGGAUUCUACCCCGUCUAAGCCUUCGAGCAGCUCCCCGAUAACUCACAUUCUCGACUAUCUUGCCUCCUUGAAAGUUCCACACAGCUAUUUCACACAGUUCUACGUCAUCUCCCUGCUAUCCUCAAUUUUCUGGGCCCUUCAGCUUAUGUGCCAUGGGCAAGCGUUCCAAGCCAUCGCGACGAGGGUUCACUCAGAGCACCUACAGAGGACUAUGUCGAUAAACCAGGUUAUGUUGUGUUGGGUACUGAUGCUCGCGCAAGGUGUAAGACGGCUACAUGAAUGCUUCGCCUUUUCCAGGCCUUCUUCUUCUCAGAUGUGGUUUGUCCACUGGCUAGCAGGCAUUGCCUUCUAUCUUGCAGUCUCAAUCGCCCUCUGGAUUGAGGGGACAGAAACGCUGCUGUCCCAUAGAUGGAGCCUCGACGAUGUAACAGUGAACAACGCCCCAAGCCUUCGUACGUUUCUCUGUUUGCCGAUCUUUCUGUUUGCAUCUGGCCUGCAACAUGACGCCCACCACUAUCUUUUCUCUCUCAAGAAGUACACUCUUCCCUCUCACCCCUUGUUCCGCAGCAUCGUAUGCCCGCACUACACAGCUGAAUGUGCGAUCUACCUAUCAUUGGCUCUGCUUGCCGCUCCCCAGGGAGAAAUGAUCAACAAGACUGUUUUGUCCGCUGUCGUCUUUGUCACGGUCAAUUUAGGCGUCACUGCAUCCGAGACCAAACGCUGGUACAUGCAGAAAUUCGGCGAAAACUCAGUGCGGGAAAGGUGGAAUAUGAUACCAUGGGUAUACUAA